AUGACGGUGUCUGCGGCGAUGGUCGGUCGGCGAAACCAAGGUGAAAUGAGGGUGGAGCAGUCUGAGCUAAAUCGAGCAUCAUUCGAGACUGUGCGGAUCUGCAGCCAAACGCGGUUUCGGCGCUCGAUGACGCUUCUGCUUUUCCAAGCGAGGCGAUCCCGCAACGCCAAGCGAUUUCCAUCGUCCGAUUCCACAUUUCUGCACAUCGUUCAUCACCCGAUCGGGGUUCGCCAGUCACUCGCGUGGAGGUGGAGGCAGCUUCUCCGCGGGGCUGCGGGAAGGCGGGCAAAAGCUGUCGAGCGCUUCCUCAAUGCACAAAGCCUGCCCUCGGUUGACCAUUUCAUUUGGCGCACAACCGAGAUCGAGACACCGUUUGCCGUGCAGCUUCCAUUCAUCAAUCUUCUUGUGCAGCGGCACACAACGUGGCUCUAUCGUCGUUGUAUUAAUAACACUGUGCAAUCGACUACUGCUGUCAAGGUGGAGUUAAGCCCGCUCCUCGACGCCUUGCGCGCGCGCUCUCCGAGUGUCUGGUUCCGCAGUUCGAAGAGGAUUUGA